CACCCUUCACCCAUGCUCUCCCACACUCUGUGUUUCAUUCAGGUUUACUUCCAGCCAGAAAGAUGUCUUUCAAUGGACAGGUCUGCAACUACAGCAGCUACUCACCCUGUGAUGUGAGCUGCCCCGCGCCAUACGCCAAUGCCUGGAGCAAUCAGCCCUGCGUGACCUCCUGUGGGGACUCCCGUGCCGUGGUCUACCCACCACCCGUGGCCAUUGUCUUCCCAGGCCCCAUCCUCAGCUCCUGCCCUCAGGAGAGCAUCGUGGGCACCUCAGCCCCCCUGGAGAUAGGCAGCUCCUUUGGAUAUGGGAAUGCCCAGGAUGUGCAGAGCUCCUUUGGGUCUGGCACCUCCCUGGGUGGCAGGUACUCCUACCCCUGCUACUCCCGCAGCUAUGGGGUAUACCACUCUGCUAAGUCUGGCAAGAUUUCCCAGGAUAGCAAGACCCAGCAGAAGCAAAACCAAAACAAGAGCUCAUGAGUGAACAGUGGGAUGUGGCUUUUAAAGAGGCAGUGAGAAUUCUCAGGAACAGGACACGCUCAUCCACCCUGA